UUGUGGGAUUGUGGCGCAGGCGCAGGCUGUGGCGGUAGGCUCGUGCACAGCUGCCUCAACCUCUCAAAAGCUCAUUGUCUUCUUCGACACAUUCGGGUUGCUCAACACGCAAAACAUCGGUCAAGUCGUCUCUAUAUCUUGAAAUGCCUCGAAAGUCACUCAAGGUUGUACCUGCCCCGAGGAACUCCUCUAAGAGGGCUGCACCAGAAAAACCUGCACCUACGCGCCAGUCAAAAAGGGCAAGGGCGACGCCAGCGAAACUUUCCUACAAGGAGCUCGAGUCUGACGAUGAUGUCACGGAUGCAGGUGCGAAAUCAGAGGAAAAGCUAACUGAAUCCAUCGCCUCGGAUUAUGAAGAGCAAGGAAACGGAGACGACUCGUCUGAACCUGAAGAGGAGGAGCAAAGCAGCGACGAAGAUGCAAAGCCGACGAAAGUCACGCCCAGACGUCGUCCAGAGCAAGAUAGCGAUGCAGAUCUGUGGAAGCCCGGUGCAAAGCUUGCUCCUGGAACCCAGGUGAUCAUCAAGAAGCCGAAAGCAAGAGAGGCAGGGGAGACUCCGUAUGAGGAUCACACGAUACAUCCAAACACGAUGCUUUUCCUCAAAGACCUGGCUGCGAACAAUGAACGAAAAUGGCUAAGAGUGCAUGACCCGGACUAUCGUGCUGCGUUGAAUGAUUUCACCACGUUUCUCGAAGUACUGUCAGAAAAGGUCGCUGAAGCGGAUGACACGAUUCCAGAGCUUCCAAUCAAGGACAUUAUAUUUCGUAUCUACAGAGAUGUUCGUUUCUCGAAGGAUCAAACUCCAUACAAGACGUAUUUUUCUGCCGCCUGGAGUCGCACCGGCCGAAAAGGUCCCUAUGCAGCUUAUUACGUCCAGAUCAAACCCGAGGGUGGGAGUUUCGUAGGUGGCGGGCUCUGGUGCCCCGACGCUCGGCCUCUGAGUUUGCUUCGACGCGACAUUGAUCGCAAGCCUCACAAGAUCAAGGCCGUCUUGACCAACUCCGCCAUCCGCAAGGACUUCUUGGGAGGCGUGGCGGACGACGCAAAGCAGGCGGUCAGGGCCUUUGUUAAUCUGCCGGAGAACAAAUCCAACGCGCUGAAGAAGAACCCUAAGGGGUACGACAAAGAGCACGCCGAUAUUGAACUGCUCCGGCUGAAGAACUUCACCUUGGGUACGAAAUUAUCCGACGAUGAGGUGGUGGGAAGCCGGGGCCUAGAGCGCAUUGCUGGAUUGAUUGCCAGCAUGGUUCCAUUUAUCACCUACCUGAACAGCAUCGUGAUGCCGGACGAGGCGGAGUCGAGUGGAUCGAGUGAGCAGGAAAGCGGCGGCGAUGACAGCGCGGAGGAAGAUGGCGGCGAUGCAUGACAACUGGAUGUGUGCGGGCAUGAAUGACUGGCUGGGAAUGUCGACCGGUUGGGAGCGGAAUGCUGGUCUGCGGCGUGGCUUAUCGACGUGGAGUGUAUCCAAGUGAAUGCUGUAAUUAC